AUGACUAGUCCCAACCCUCUUAACGUAUACAAGGGACAAGACUCUAUCAAGAAUUACUUCGACCCUGAAUCAGCGCCACCACUUCCGCUAGUCGAGAUCCCGGACUCACUUAACCCUUAUUGUCAGGAUGGAGUGCGCAUUUAUGCCAAGAUGAUGACUAUGCAUCCUGCGAAUAAUGUAAAAGCCAUGCCAGCUCUGAACUUACUAAACAACUGUGUCGUCCCGGGGAAAACCAAGGCAGUCGUUGAAUACAGUUCAGGCUCGACUGUUUUGUCCAUGUCGUUAAUUUCAAGAGCUAUCCACGGCAUUGAUGAUGUGCGAGCAUUCUUGAGUAACAAGACGAGUGCAACGAAACUUCAACUUAUGCAAUUCUUUGGAAUCGACAUUACACUCUUCGGAGGUCCAUCUCAGCCUGAGCCUCUUGACGAACGUGGUGGUAUCAGAGCAGCUCAGAGGCUAGCUCAGGAUUCGGACGAGACUAUCAUCAACCCAAAUCAAUAUGAGAAUAACCUUGCAAGCCCACAGCUUCAUGCACAAUUGCCAGAGAUCAACUUGAUCUGUGCAGGAAUGGGAACUUCAGGUACUAUGACCGGUCUUGGCACAUAUUUUAAAGAAGCCAAGCCUUCGGUGUUUAAACUCGGUGUAUGUACUGCCCCUGGCGAUCGAGUCCCUGGACCAAGAUCAUUCGCACUGAUGGCCCCUGUCCAAUUUCCAUGGAAGAAGUCAGUUGACCACAUCGAAGAGGUCGACUCGCACCACUCAUUCUCCAUGUCCUUGGAUUUAUGUCGUAACGGCAUCGUCUGUGGCCCAUCUUCUGGAUUCAACUUGACAGGACUGUUCCAGCUCAUCGAGAAGCGCAAGGCUGAAGGUUCUCUUUCGGAUCUGGCUGGACCAGAUGGAACCAUCAACUGUGUGUUUCUAUGCUGCGAUUUGCCAUACCAGUACAUAAGCGAGUACUUUGAUAAGCUCGGGGAAAGUUACUUUCCAUCCAUCAAAAAUGGGGACCUUUUGAAAGUCGACCUCUAUAGGUACGACGAGAAGUGGGAGCGAACGGCUUCUGAAGCUAUCGAUGCCUUUUUCGAUAUUGAUAGGGGCGCUCUUCUCGAUAUGGUGCUAGUCGACCCAAAGAGUCCAUCGGCGAGCACAGUUGAUCUACACAAUAUUCUACGUUCGAGACAGGAUACGACGAUUAUCGACCUACGACAACCUCAAGAUUUUGGCAACUUCCAUCUUCCUGGUGCCUUCAACAUGCCAUUCGUAAAUGACAACACACCGAGUCCCUUCUCUGAUGCUAAGCUUUUGGAAACUUUAUGGAAGAGUCUUGAAGAUGUAUUCCAGAAACCGGGACGGGAACUUCAAUCUCUCCUCCAAGGUAGAAGGAUCUUGCUCAGUUGUUACGACGGAGACAGUGCUCGUGUUGCGACAAGUGUGCUUCGUGCCAAGGGUUACGAAGCUGAUAGUAUUCGAGGUGGCUAUCAGGCGUUGGAUAAGAUUAGGCACAGCUCGGGCCAUGGUUCUAUGGACGGUACUCGAGAGCCAUCGCCUUGGGUCGGUCUGACUGGGGAAAUUUUGGGUGCUGGGCCUUCGCAAUCAGCUCGUGUCUCGUUGUAG